UAGUGUCGGUGAACUCACCCCUGAACGCGAGUACGGUAUCGAAAAAUUAACGAGAACAACCACCCAAUACGGACCGUGUAUCGUAGCGGUAAUGAAGGCUGCGGAGGAGGACCGUUGGGUUGAGGUCUUCUUACCAAAGGCCGUUACAAUUUCAGAUGUUGAAAUAAAGGAUUUCCACGAUGUUCCUGAUAAAAAUCUAAUAUUUAUAUUUCUGGGGCGCUUAGGGCAGAAAUUCAAAUAUAAAUUUAAAUAAAAAUUGUAGGUAAUGCCAUCAACGAGGGGUGACGUCAGAUUAACGAAGGCAUUCUCCGCAAUCGUCUCGAGGGUGAAAUUAGGCAUUACUUCAGCACGGACACCAUAGAGUA